AUGGCUGAGCUGCACGGUUCCUGUCAUUCUGCUUUUAAUUCAGUGCGGGACCUUUUGCAGCAAAAGAUUGCUGAUGGUGGCGAAGCGGGUGCUUCCCUCUGUAUCAAUAUCGACGGCAAAAAUGUCGUAGAUCUCUGGGGUGGCUACGCAGAUGCGAGCUCUAGCAAGCCAUGGGAAAAAGACACUAUCACUGGAAUUUGGUCCUCCACCAAGAUUCUCACUAUCCUGGCCGCUCACCUCCUUGUUGAUCGAGGCCUUUUAGAUGUCAAUGAGCCAGUAGCGAAAUAUUGGCCUGAAUUCGCAGCGAACGGCAAAGAGAAUGUUAAGAGCGCAUACCAAUACACGAACUAUGGUCUUCUCGUGGGUACGAUUGUCCAUCGUAUCACAGGAAAGUCUCUGGCCCAGUUCAUCAGCGAAGAGAUCACUACACCUUUAGGGGCUGACUUUCAGCUUGGUGUCUCGGAGAAAGAUGAGGCUAGGACUGCUGAUACUAUCCCAUUCCCACCGGAUGCUAUUCCUUCUGCAGAAGGCCUUGAUCCUACCACUAGUAUCCUACUUCGGUCCCUCAUAGGCUCUUUAAUGGAUGCUUCAACUCCCAACAACCCAAUUUUCCGAAAGUCUCAGAAUGGUGCUAUGGGAGGAUUCUCUAAUGCACGUGCACUAGCAUCUGUCGGUUCUAUCGUUGCCCUUGAUGGUAUCGUCAAUGAUAGACAGUAUCUUACUUCCCACACUAUUGAUGAGAUGCUAAAGGAACAAAUCAGAUCAGCUGAUCCAAACAUCAUGACGAAGUCGCGCUUCGCCCUUGGCCUUUCACUGCCAGCUACCGACGGUGUGUUGCCUUAUAUUCCGGAAGAGGAUGGAAUUUGCUCCUGGGGUGGUUUUGGUGGAUCUGCCGUCGUCAUGGAUCGCCGCCGGAGAAUGACUAUAUCAUAUAUCAUGAACAAGAUGGAAUUUCGAGUAGUUGGCAAUUCUCGGUUUGAUAUCUAUUUCCCCGAGAUCUACAAGGCUUUUGAGAAGUACAACAAGGCUUGA